AUGAAGUGCUAUCACCUUUGUUUUAGCAUUCUUCUCUUCUGUUUUCUCGCGAGGGCACGGAAUGUAAUUACUGACUCUUACUUGGAUCAUUCCAAUUUUGAAAAGCACGAUGACGUCAAUGAAUACAAAGGAAACAUAGACAGAGAAGAAGACUAUGAAAACCAAGAUGAAGACGACUUUGGAGAAGACGAUAACUUAGAAGAAGACGACGACUCUGAAGAUGACGAUGACGAUGAAGAAGACGAUGACUUAGAAGAAGACGAUGACUAUGAAGAUGAAUAUGACUAUGAAGAUGACUAUGAAGAUGAAGAUGACGAUGACGAUGAAGAAGACGAUGACUUAGAAGAAGACGACGACUCUGAAGAUGACGAUGAAGAUGAAGACGACUUUGAAGGAAAUGAAGAAGAUGAAACUAUGAAGAAGACGACGAAUUUGAAGAUUCCCAUUUAA